GUUGUGCUCCUCUGAGGCGCCCGCUCCCUUCCCGCCUGCCGGGCAUGGCGCUGCCUGCAACUGCUUCGUGACGAUGAUGAUGAUGAUGAUGGUGGUGGUGGUGAUGGUGGUGGUAAUGUUUGGGGUGAUUGUUAUGAUCACUGCUCAGCAUCAACGCCGGGCAUGUGAAAUCCCAAGCCUCAUGCCAGCAACGCGCCUGUUUCUGCUCCGUCCCUUCAGCCUCCUGCUGCUGCUGCUGGGGCCGCAUCUCUUUGUGGGAUCUUUCUCCCUGGGCUCUGCCUCCGAGCGUCCCCCCGUCGCUACGGCGGGGCCUCGGACAGCGGCGUCCAUCCAGGGGGGACCCGCUUUUCUUGCGGCUUCUUCCUCCUCGCUACUUCCGAGGGAGAAAGGAAGCCCGCAGCCUUCCGCGGCAUCUGUCAGCGUUUGGGAUCGGACGACGGAUCGAGGCGGCGGCGGCGGCGGCGGCGGCAGCUCGGCCAUUAUGACCAGACAAAAGGAUGUAGAAAGUCCAAACACUGAAGCAAAGAUUUCCACUUCCUAUAUACAAAGUCUAGAUGCAACCAGUACAUCUGGAAAUAAUAAAGUAAGGACGUUGUGGACCAAUUUAGCUUCAGCAUCUGUAGCUGCAACAGGAAGUACCACAUCUUAUGCCAAAAUAAUCAGAUCUGUGAAUGUGACAUCACAGUUAUCUCAAAUAAUACAAACCAAGCAAGCAAGUGCCUCACGAAAUAUGGCGGGUAUUGCCGAAAAUGAAUCAGUGACUUCGAGGAAGCAUUUUCCCAAGACAGCAAAUUCUCCAUUUUUGGAGGAAAAACAUUCAGCCAUUGGGAGCAACUACCAUACAGCUAAUACCUGGGUUGAAGACAGCACAAUGUCCGGUUUCCAUAUACCAGACAUGGGCAGUUCAGCAACACUCAGUCAGAGUUCAGAAAGGACUUCCCGCUUUCUUAGAGAGAACUUCGGUGGAAAAGGGCCAGCUACUCAAAAAGAACUUGCUACAUCUUCUGGUCAAAUCCAACGGUCAUCUCAUGUAACAUUUCCAAUACCCCAGAAUAGGAGAUCAAAUGCCAAACAGCCGGAUUCUUUAACAAGGAUUGUGCUUACUUGGCCUUAUACUUCUCCACGAACCAAUACUCAUCAGUUAAACAGAAACUCCAACACAGAGAAAAGAAUUUCUAGUCCUGAUAUGGAUUAUAUGAAAAUCCUGAACAUAUCCAACAGAAGUGAGGAGAAGAUAUUUCAAACUAUAAGAGACUUCAGCAGUUCUCAAGCAACAUUUAAACUUUAG